UGAUGACGGUGCUUCCUGUCACACAGUAAACAGAAGAGGAGCUGUUCUUCUCUUGGUUCCUCAUAGACUGAGACAUGUCGGAGUCCCCGGACACAGGCAGCCUCCUCUCCGCCUCCUCACAGCUUAACCUGAUGGAGGUGGACACGAUUGAUGAUAAGGAGUUUGACAUUCCUCAAGUGGACACACCUCCCACACUGGAGAGCAUCCUCAAUGAGCUGGAUGAUGAGGAGGAACCGUUUGUCCUGGAGGACACGUGUGUGCUGAGCGCAGACAACAUGGACGCUCACUCCUGUGACACGUCCUCUCUGGCCAGCUCGGACAGCGGAGACCCCGCCCAUCUCAAACGAAAAAGGAGGACCGUGGACCUGAACACCACAGUGCAUGGAUCUGUUCUUCGACACAGUCUGCUGAAGGGCAUUUCUGCACAGAUUGUCUCUGCUGCUGACAAAGUGGAUGCCGGGCUGCCGACUGCCAUAACGGUGUCAGGUGUGAUUGCUGUGGGGACUUCUCAUGGUCUGGCUUUGGUCUUUGGAAAAGAUACCAACCAGGCCCUGCGGCUCUGUCUGGGCACCAAGACGACUGGGGCGGAGUUUGGAGCUGUCUCCGCCCUCAGCAUCAACCACGACUGUUCACGACUUUUGUGCGGGUUUGCCAAAGGACAGAUCACAAUGUGGGAUCUGGCCAAUGGGAAGCUUCUGAGAACGAUCACAGAUGCUCACCCUCCGGGGACAGCGAUACUGCAUCUGAAGUUCACAGAUGAUCCGACUCUUGCAGUGUGCAAUGACAGCGGAGGGUCGGUGUUCGAGCUGGCGUUCAGGAGGGUGAUGGGGAUGCGCUCCUGUGACUCCCGCUGUCUCUUCAGUGGCUCUAAAGGAGAAGUGUGCUGUAUUGAACCUCUGCGUGCUCCUCCAGACUUCAGAGACCAUCCCAUCACACACUACUCUCUGCUGGCUAUGGCCUCUCUCACCAAAAUUCUGGUCAUUGGACUGAAGCCCUCCCUAAAAGUCUGGAUGACCUUUCCUUACAGCAAGUCUGAUCCAUCCAGUGUUCCUCAGCUCGCCUGGCAGUUUGUUCCAGUUCAGAAGACCAUUAACCCAAUCCUGGCUUUUUGCAAAGGAGAUACAGUCCACUUCCUGCUGGUUAAGAAGGAGGAGACGGGGACGAUCCACGUCAUCAAACAAAGACAACUCCACCUCAGCUGUGACAUCAUCAGCCUGAGUUGGAUCAACAGUCGCACUCUGGUCCUGGUGGACAGCCAUGAAAAGCUUCAUGUGGUGGACCGGCCCAGUCAGGAGGUCCUGGAGACUCUGGACCUGGAGCAGGUGCAGCUGGUCUACAACAGCCGACAUUUCAAAUCACUGGCUACAGGAGGAAACGUCUCGCAGGCUCUGGCUUUAGUUGGAGAGAAGGCCUGCUACCAGUCAGUCUCAAGCUACGCAGGACAGAUUGUCUAUUUAGGCACUAAGUCAGCUCACAUUAUGACUCUACGCAACUGGAGAGAGCGUAUUGACUGCCUGCUCAAACAGGAGCAUUUUGUGGAGGCACUGUCUUUGGCUUGGUCCUUCCAUGAGGGAACAGCUAAGGCUGUGGUCGGCUUGUUUGGGGAUCCAGUUAAAAGGAAGGGAGUGAUAGCUGACAAGAUGGUCGAGAUCCUCUGCCAGUUUACUGAACAUGCUCUGAAGAAGUGUCCGGAACAUGGAAAAAUCCAAGUGAUGGAGCAACAUUUCCACGAUGUUGUUCCAGUCCUGGUGGAUUACUGCCUGCUGCUACAGAGAGCCGACCUGCUGUUUAACCAGCUGUAUUCUCGGCUGCUGGAGAACUCGGUUGCUAAGGGAGUUUUCCUGGAGUGUCUGGAGUCGUACAUCGUCACCGAACGCCUCGGUCAUCUCACCACUCCCAUCAUGAAGGACCUCCUUGCGCAUUACCAUGGAAACGGUAUGAUGGACAGUUUGGAGCGAUGCAUCGUUCAUCUGGACAUCACCAGUCUGGACAUACAGCAGGUUGUCCGUGUGUGUUGGGAGAACCAGCUCUAUGAUGCGAUGAUGUACGUGUUCACCAGUGGCAUGAAUGACUACAUCACACCUAUGGAGAAACUGUUCGCAGUGAUUGGACCACCACUCGGGGAGGGGAGGAGCCUAACAGAUGAGGAAGUGGUGAUGGGAAACAAACUCCUGGUUUACAUAAGCUGUUGCCUUGCAGGAAGGGCAUAUCCACUGGGUGACAUUCCUGAAGACCUUGUGAUUCAAGUCAAGAACCAGGUGUUUGAGUUCCUGAUCCGUCUCCACUCAGCUGACUCGUCAGAGGAGGAGGAGGUUUUCCCAUUUAUCCGCACACUCCUUCACUUUGACACCCGUGAGUUCCUCAAUGUCCUUGCCAUGACAUUUGAGGACUUUAAGAAUGACAAGCAGGCCCUUGAGUACCAGCAGAGGAUUGUGGACAUCUUACUUCAGGUGAUGGUAGACAACCCAGAUUUUACUCCCUCCCAGGUGGGCGGGCUCUUUACCUUUUUGGCUCGACAACUGGCCAAGCCGGACAACACACUUUUUGUCAACAGGAAGCUCUUUGAUCAGGUUCUGGAGUUCCUCUGUUGCCCUGACGACGACUCCCGGCACACAGAGAGGCAGCAGGUGCUGCUGGAGCUGCUGCAUGUUGGUGGCGUGGUCCAGUUUAAUGAAGAAAGGCUAUUGGCCUUGGCGGAGAAGGCCAAGUUCUACCAGAUCUGUGAGUUUCUGUAUGAGAAGAGACAUCUCUAUGACAGGAUCAUUGACUGCUACCUGAGAGACUCGCUCAGAAAGGGUGAGAUCUUCAGCUAUAUCCACAAUCUGCUGUCCAUGCCCGGCUACAGUCCUGAGGAGAAACAAGCAGUCAAGGACAAAGCUCUGCAGCACAUUCAGGAGCUGGUGACCCUUGACCCCGCCAAAUCAGCUGACAUAGUGUUGUUUCACCUCACGGGGGAGGUGCAGCAGAUCAUCUCUCAGCUACAGGAUGAUGAGCUCAUUUUCAGAUUCCUCAGCUGCCUCUUGGAGCCCAGGGAGGGUCAUCAUUCACAGACCGCCCUGCCUCGGGAACGGGACCUCCAUGAGCUCCAGCUGGACCUACUUUGCCGCUUCGCACCCGAGCAACUCCUGAGCUUCCUCCAGACCUCGCAGCACUACAGACUGGAGGAGGCUGUACAAAUAACACAGAAACACCACCACAACGAGGCCACAGCUUAUCUGCUGGAGAAGAAGGGAGAUGUUCAUGGAGCCUUCACUGUCUUGUUAGAGACGCUGAAGGACAGACUGUGUUUCCUCACUGCAGAGCAGGACACUAGUGGAGGAGGAGGAGGAGGAGGAGACAGGUGGCAGGAUGAUGGUGGCGAUUCCACACUGACCAGAGUAAAGGAGUCACUGAAUGACAUCAUCUCCCUGUGUCAGCGAAGCUCACACAGCUUAUAUGAGCAACAACGAGAGGUUCUGUGGUUCCCUCUUCUGGAGGCCAUGAUGGAUUCUCAGAAACAAAUAAAAGGCUCUAAUGCCAAACAAACCUCUGAAGUGCUGAAGGAGCUGACCAUGAAGGUUCUCAACUGUAUGAGCAGCUUCAUUCCUCUGCCUGCCAUCAUCCAACGAAUACUACAGGACCCAGUUUAUGGGAAAGGAAAACUGGCAGAGAUCCAAGGCCUUAUUCUGGGAAUGCUGGACACUUUCAACUAUGAACAGACUUUACUUGAAACAACCACCAGUCUGUUGAACCAUGACCUCCACUGGUCCCUUGCUCACCUUCGCGCCGCUGUCACGAGGGGACUCCACCCUCGCCAGGAUCACUGUAACAUCUGCCUGCAGCAGUACAAGAGGAGGCAGGACUCAGCUGAAGAGAUCAUCGUGUUCAGCUGUGGUCACCUGUACCACGUUCAGUGCCUGCAGCAGAAGGACUGUGGGAGGAGCCUGUCCUCACAUCAGCAGCAGCAGCAGCAGCAGCAGCAGCAGCAGCGAUGGAGCUGCUACAAGUGUUCGUCCAGCCACGGAGGAAAAGCAGUGUCCUCCACUGAAACUAAGAGAGGACGCAGCACUUCUCUGGCACAGAAUCGUGUUACAUCCAUGCAUCAUGAUGCAGGAGCAGAGGCUCACAGGAAGAAGUUUUUUGUUGAAGCAUCACUGGACCCUCAGCAGGAACAGUCCUGGGAUCAGCUGCGCUGUUUAUACCGAGGACCAUCCAGGUUGUCCAUCCUUUCAGAACUCUCCCACUGCCAUAGCAAUGAGAGGGCGGGGCUUCUGAUUGCCGCCCGACCAGGAUCAGAGAGUUUGCAGCUGAAGCUCUCUCCUCCUCCUCUGCUGGAGGAGUAGCAACAAGCAGCUUUUUCUACCUUUGUCCAUCUCACUGGAUAUCUUCUCAUUUCACUGUGGAUUGUCACUGUCUUCUUCUUGUGAUACAUUUGAUUGAGAUUGUGUAACAAGUGUACAUAUAUGUACACCUAUAUGUAUGUAUAUAAAUACAUAUAUGUAUGU